AUACCAUUCAUGCCUAACUGAAUAUAUGCACAUUCUCUCACUCUUGUUCAAGCAUUGCACGUCAUCAGCCAGUGACUAACAAUCGAGUUUUAGAUCUUCCUCCCUCAACAUGAGUACUUUCUGCUCUCUUCGCGACUUGCACGCAUCGAAAGCAACAUUGCGGUGCUACGCUACUUCAAACACCCAUCCUUUCUCACCUUUCACUCUUCAGAACAGAUCCUCCUUAUCUUCAACAUUCCUAUCAUUUUCCAUUGCUCAUCUGGCUUUGCUGCUGGUGUACGAAGGAGAAGUAGAUAUUCAUUGCACAUGCCUGUCGCCCACUUCCUGUAGCUGCGGUGCUGUCUGGCACCUUCGGACGACAACAUCACUGUCUCCUUGCUCAACCUUUGAGCAUGUCUUCAAGGCGCACUCAAUUGUUCACAGUUUGAAUAACUCUCGACUGUCUGCUUCGAGCGACGCGGUCGGACAGGUGGACUUGGUCGUCACAACCAAUGUCUCAAUAGUCACUCUCCGCUGCCAAGUCAUCGCAGCUGCCUCGAGAUCUUACUCAAACCUGCCCCAAUAAAAGCACCCCGAACAGAACUUACGAGAGAUGGCUACUCAACUACUCGACUCACCAAACGAAGUACUCCAUCAGCAUUCGAGUCUCAACUCUCAUGUUUCGUCUAGCUCAAG